AUCUCUUCCAAACAUGCAAGGGACUAGAUGGUCAUCGUAAUGAAAACACACUUGUGCGCCAUACAGCAUCUAUCAAUGUAAUUUCUGAAUUACCAUCCUUGACAACGUGGAAUCGUCAAACCGCUGUCGUUGGUAUGGUUCUGCAAGAUUACCUCAUUACUCAUGUCAUGCACGAAAGACACAAUGUCAGCACACAUAAAAUAGAAUAUAUUGCAAAGGAAACUACGAUUACUUCCAGUCAGACAUUAGCGUUACGAUGGCAAACAAUCAUGCAAUCCACAUGUUUGACAGCGAUUAUACAACAGUCUCAGGAGCUUAGUACGUGAGUUCGCAAUACUGUCCAAACUCCUUUGAUAAUAACAAGUGUUCGUCACAUAAUCAUUGUACACCCAUUUCAAUGGGAAAACUCAUUUUGAAAAGGACCCAUCUACUGUAAGUGUGUAGUUUGCAAGUCAGACGACUCACUUGCGAGUUCAGGCAUUUAUUUAAUCCUUCACUUUGUAUGAAAAUUGCAUCAAUCUAGUUUGUUACAAACAUCAAUCCUAAGAAAAAAAUACUCCGCUGCGAAUGUCC